UGGCUCCCGCAUCCGUCCAUUGGCCUCCUUCUCUACCGCCCGCUAGUUGUGUCAUUGCUUUUCCAUUUGUCUGUCGUUGCUGCGCUGCCGCGGCUGACUGACGGUGUAGAUACCUACCUAGGUAGUGUCAACACCACCAGACGUCGCAGACGACCCUCUCAGAGACGACACGCAUAGACCGCUCGAGCCAGAGAGCAGUCCCAGAGCUGCUCCUGCGCAAGGACCGGGCUGCAAAUCCGGACCUGCGCCGACUUCGUCCCGACCGAGGCGACAUCUCGUUUGAAAGUGACAGGGAAACCCUCGAAGAAAGAUACACGUGAAGCAAACAGACACGAGUCCUAGACCUACAACGACUUUUGUGUACAACGUCUAGCGGUUCUACAGCGAAUUGAUCCGCGGGGGAGGCAAUUGAACAAUGGCGGCGGCUCUCCCCUACGCCUCGCGCUCCAACGGGGCCAGCAACUCCAACGUCUCGCUGCCUCACCAUCGCCGGACGUCUCUGUCCUCGUUCCCUCCAUCUCGCACUCCGUCGCAAAUCUCCUACCACUCGCGCCCAUCAAGGUCGCCGCACCCGCCCAUGGCCGAGACAGACCGGACGUCGGACCCGAGCUCCAAGUCCAAGACUUCCUCCAUCGAACCAUCCUCUCAGCACUCGUCUCUGUCUGCACCGCGGCGGACGAAUGAGGAUCAUACGCAUUCGCAAAAGAGGCCUCGCGCCCAGUAUCCUCGCGGAUCCUACGCCAACCAUGUCGAGUAUAUCCUGGUGGCGUCAUUUGACAUUGACCGCGGCCCGGUGAUGGAGCACCAAUACCCCGUCGCCAUCACCGGGGACGAGAACAUGCUGGCCGAGUUGAUGCUUCCGGACCAGGCGCACGCGCGUAAUCAAGAUUGGACCAUGUUCUUCUUGCACAAGGACUCGUCGCCCGAGGACGAAGACGAAGAGCGGAAGGCAAAGGCCGAACGGAAAGCUCGAAGACAGAGACGGCGGGAUAGGGCGGCGGGACUGCUCCCCGAGGACGGCGCAGAGGGCAGAGAGGACGAAGAAGACGACAGGGACGACGACGACGACUUGGAUGACGACUUAACGGAUGACGAGUCCUCUGACGGCGAGCCCGAUGGCGAAGAGGGCGCGCCGCUCAUCUACGUGCUCAACUUGGUCAACACCAAGCACGACAAGUCUGUGAAGCGAGGAGCCAUUGUCAAGGCCAUGGCCAUCUGCACCAGACAUCCCUUUUUGCACAUCUACAAGCCGCUUUUGCUCCUCGCACUAGAAGAGUACUUUAAAUCGCCAGUGCCCGAGACUCUUUCCAUGCUGUACGACUCCGUCAAUGCGAUGGACCUGUCUCUGAUGCCCAAGCUCAGCUUCCUCGAGAGGAACCUGCUGCUAGCGAGCGACAACAAGGAUCUGUUCGUGGAGAAGUUUGAGCGCAUCAUCCAGAUGCGCAUGGCAGAGGACAGAGCAGAGACGGCGACCGAGGGGUCUGGCGAGAGGAGCCAGAGCCCGCAGUACACAGGCGGCAUCUCGAGGGCCGGCACCAAGGCGCAUUUCGAGGGGGGGCAGUCGACGUAUUCCGUGGCCCGAGACACGCACGAGUUCGAGAGCAAAGUCAUGUACAAGGGGAUCCCCAUCCCCAUAAAGGUGCCAACGGCGGUCAUGCCCGAGACGGUGGGCGACUUCUCGCUCAUCAAGUUGAUCCAGAACUUCUCAGAGGCCCAUGCCAAGUCGCCGCAGCCGUUCCCGCUGCACCCGCAUCUGACGACCAACGGCGUCAACACGCACCCAAUCAUUGUGCUGGUCAACGGGCUCCUGACGCAGAAGAGGGUCAUCUUCCUGGGCCACAACAUGCCCUCGGGCGACGUGGCCGAGGCGGUGCUCGCGGCGUGUGCUCUCGUGUCCGGCGGUAUCCUCCGGGGCUUCACCCGCCACGCCUUUCCCUACACCGACUUGACCAAGGUGGACGAUCUGCUCAACGUGCCGGGGUUCAUUGCGGGCGUCACCAACCCUACCUUUGAGCUGCACCCGGAAUGGUGGGACGUGCUGUGCGACCUGCCCAGCGGCCGCGUCAAGAUCAGCAGCAAGAUUGAGAUGGCGCCGGUGACGGAAGGCCUGAUUUACUUCCAGCAGCAGCACCCCAACCUCGCCAACAUCGCCAGCGGCGUCUCCAACAACACGCAGGACCUGACGGGGGACGCGGCCUUCAUGUCGGACAUCCUGAGGAGCAUCGCCGCCCGGCAUGGCGAGCGGGUCAUCCGGGCCAAGUGGCGCGGCUGGGUCAACAAGUUUACGAGGAUCGCGGCCCAGUUCGAGGAGAGCGUGUACAGCACGUCUGCUCUGUACAUUGGGGGCCACGACCAGGACCUGGCGCUACCGGGGGCCAGCGGCCACGGAUACGUCUGGCCGGACGACACUGCAAAGUUUAAGGAGCUGGCUGGCAACGUGACGAGGAUCGAGGGAUGGCGGAACACGCGCAGCUACUACAGCUAUAUCCAGGACCUCGCACGAAUAUACGCCGUGCGCCCGCUCAAGGGGCUGGACCUCGCGCACAUGCACGACCGGCUCCGCAUGCAGCGCCUGACGCCAUCGCAGAGCAAGGACAUUUACCUGACGCUGGCCAAGCACAUCCACUCGUACGAGGAGAUUUGCCUGCUGCUGGACGUGGCGCCCGAGUCGCAGGCGGGCCUCUUCUACAUUGCGCUGGGCCUCUUCCACAAGGACCGCGAGGUGCGCUUCAAGACGGCGGACCUGCUGGAGCGCAUCUCGGAGCACGAGGCCGGGCAGCACUGGUGGAAGAGCCUCAGCCAGUUUGAGAAGCUGGCGUACAAGCGGAUUAAGCGCGAGGCCGAGGCGGACAGCACCAAGUCCAAGACGCCUGAGAAGGAGGCGGCGGGCUUUGUUCUCAGCCCUGUUAUGGAGAGGAUGCUGAGCUGAGCUGAGCUGAGCGGUGCUCCGACUGAGAGAAGAAGAGUACAAAGAUAAGUGAUGGUAUUAUGGUCUUUAUAUGGGGUUUCUAUUUGGGGUGGGAAAUAUUGAUGAUAGCGCGCACACGUUUCUGGUUUGAGAGUAUACAUGAUUAUCAGCAAGCGAUGAUGGGGAGGGAGGAAUAUUCGCGGGUCACCUAUCUGUAUGGAAUAUCUGCUGCGGUCAUCAGUUGUCAUGGCUUUCUAGGGGCGGGCGUUGUUGAGAGGGAGCGAAAGGAAUCGACACGGAUACUGAUAUGACGAGACCUUUACUUCUGUUCUGCGAAACCACAUCUUGGAGGCAGAGGUCGACGUCUGCUGCUAGAGAAAUUGUAGCCGACAUGGUCUCUGGUUAUAGGAUUUCUCGUAUACUUCCUAUAUUGAACGUAAUUAUCAAGA